GCCCUGGCUGGGUCUCACUCCACUCUGCGAUGUGACGCGUCGCCGCAGACGCCCCCUGGUGGUUAUAUAGCAGAGUGCUCCCGGAGCUUGUGGCACAGCACAGGGUGUCCUCCUGCUGUCGACAUGAGCCUGAGAAGCGCCGUGUUCCUGGAGGAUCCCCGGAGGCAGCAUGGAGUUCAGCACAGACCCCUGUGACAGCUUUAACUACACCUCUGGAAGGAUGUGGGACCCCAACACGUCCAAUGUCCUGAAGGAGAGGAGCUGGGGGAACUUGUCCAGAAUGCUGGAGGACUGUGGGGGGUCAGUGUCUGUGGCUUUCCCCUUGUCUAUGAUGAUCACUGGGCUGGUGGGGAAUGCUCUGGCCAUGCUGCUGAUCUACAAGUCCUACAAGAAGAAGGAGAGUAAGAGGAAGCAUUCAUUUCUGCUGUGCAUAGGAUCCCUGGCACUUACUGACUUCAUGGGACAGCUCCUCACCAGCCCCAUUGUCAUCUCAGUCUACCUGGCCAAAAGGCAGUGGAGCAAAGUGGACCCUUCGGGACACCUGUGCGCCUUCUUUGGACUGAGCAUGACCAUGUUUGGACUGUGCCCCCUGUUUAUAGCCAGUGCCAUGGCUAUUGAAAGGACUCUGGCCAUCAGGUCUCCUCACUGGUACUCCAGCAACAUGAGGACCAAAGUCACCAUAACAGUGUUACUGUGCAUCUGGGGGGCAGUGCUUGGGUUUGCCCUCCUGCCCAUCAUGGGGUUGGGGCAGUACACCCUGCAGUGGCCUGGGACCUGGUGUUUUAUCAGCACUGACCACAAGACUCCAGGGAACAUUGUUUUUGCUUCCACUUUUGCCUCUCUUGGUCUCCUGUCCCUUGGGACUACCUUCACCUGCAACCUGGCCACUAUUAAAGCCCUGGUGACCCGAUGCAAAAGUAGGAGCUCAGCCUCCAAGAUCAGCAAGCAGUGGGAGAGGAUUACAAUGGAGACCAUGAUCCAGCUCAUGGGGAUCAUGUGUGUCCUGUUUGCCUGCUGGUCUCCCCUUCUGGUCAUUAUGCUAAAGAUGAUCUUCAAUCAUACCUCAGUGGAACGCUGCAACCCCACCUCGCCCACGCAAAGCGCGGAGGUUCAGAAGGACUGCAACUUCUUUCUGACGGCCAUUCGCCUGGCCUCGCUCAACCAAAUACUGGAUCCUUGGGUUUACCUCUUACUUAGACAAAUGCUACUCAGAAAGUUCUGCCAAGUAGCCAAUGCAGUGUCUAACUGCUCCAAUGAUGGGCAAAAGGACCAGCCGAUCAUCCUAAGCACUGAAAUAAGAAAACCCAUUGGUUGAUAACGGAGAACUAUUGAGAAAGCGCAUGCUAAAAAAAAAACUUUAAAAAGAAAAAGUUUAAAUGUAAAAUGGUCCAUCUGGACCUGUGUUCCAGAGAUGGGAUAUUACGCUGCUAAAUGGAGUACAUUUUAAUUUAUCCUCUGUGCCAAAUGUCUAAAUCAGUGAUCUGCAAGUUGAGGCUCCCUCUGGCUGUUGUGACUAGCAUGCCCGUCAUAGUGUUACAACAGCCAGAGAAAGCCAUAACUUUCAGGCUCCUGGUCUAAAUUGUAUAUAUGUAUAUAUAGACAUGCAAAUACAUCAGACAUGAAACUGUGUAACACCAAGCAUGGUGAAGAUGAUGCAUGACGGGGUCCAAGGUAUGACAACCAAAGAGCAUCAUUCCCAUAAGCAUCUGCUAAAUGCAUGACAAAGUCUAUAUCAUGAGCAUAUGCCGGGAAAUAAAACAGAUUUUCAGAGUGGC